GAGUUGCUCCACAGUCAUGGCGGUGUCGGGGAGCCGCGGAGAUGGAGCGGUGAAGAGCAGCUCAGCGGCCGCUUGAUUCUUCUCUCUUUCUCCACUUCGCUUCAUGCUGGACUGUGGCUGCUGACGAACACCCCGCUGCUGGUCGCCGCUGCUGCGCUUCCGACGAUGGCCGACCGCGGCGUUGAUCCGUCGGCUCUGCCUAAAGAGGUCAGGGACCAGCUGGCGGAGCUGGACCUGGAGCUGUCCGAAGGUGACAUUACACAAAAGGGCUACGAGAAGAAAAGGACCAAACUCCUGGCUCCCUACGUCAUCCACACUCCAGUGGAGCCGCCCCCUCAGAAUGAUGUGCUGCCUCCCCCUCCCAGUUCUUCCUCCAGCCACGGCCCUCCUCCGUCCAGCUCGUCCCGGUACCGAGAACGUCGCUCCCGCAAAGCACAUCGGAACGGAGGAACCAGGGAUGACCGUUACAGAUCAGAUAUCCACACUGAGGCAGUACAAGCUGCCCUGGCUAAACAUAAGGAGGAGAAGAUGGCACUGCCCAUGCCCACCAAGCGGCGCUCCACUUACGUCCAGUCUCCUAUUAAUACUCGUACACCACCAGACUCUUCAUCAGAUGAUGAAGAUGAGACAUCUGUGCGCAGGCAGUCAUCACUGGUCGCUCCCCAGCACUUGGUCAGUUCAAACCUGCAGAGCCCAGACGCUUGGAUCAACCGCACCGUCCAAGGCUCCUCCACCUCGUCCUCGGCCUCCUCCACCCUGUCCCACGGAGACGCCAAACCACAGCCUCAGAGCCAAGCUCAGCCUCAGCCCCAGUACAAACCGCAGUACCAACCUCUGUUUCAGCCGCACUACCAACACCAGCCUCAGCCUCAGCACCAGCCUCAGCCUCAGCCUCAGCACCAGCCCCGCACCACAGCUGUGACCGACAUGCUGGCUCAAAGUCGCAUUGUCCCCUCAGAGAACAGCGCCCCGCCUCCAGACGUUACAGCUGUGGCCCCUCCAGCCAGGGGCCCGCGGGUGGACCUGACCUCCAACGCCGUGGUACGGGGGAUGAGCCGUGGGCAGAGCCGCUCCAGCAUGAUGGAGACUGGGGAUGGGGUUCCUGUGAACAGCCGAGUGUCCACUAAGAUCCAGCAGCUUCUCAACACCCUGAAGAGGCCGAAGAGGCCCCCGCUCAGCGAGUUCUUCACCGACGACGCAGAGGAGAUAGUAGAAGUGCCACAGCCAGACCCAAACACACCCAAGCCGGAGGGCCGUCAGAUCAUCCCAGUGAAAGGAGAGCCUCUGGGCGUGGUCAGCAACUGGCCCCCAGCCCUGCAGGCAGCACUGGCCCGUUGGGGGUCCACUCAGGGGAAGAGCCCCGCCCUCACUGCGCUUGACAUCACAGGCAGACCGCUCUAUACACUGACUUAUGGGAAGCUGUGGAGUCGCAGUGUGAAGCUGGCGUACACCCUCCUGAACAAGCUGGGCACCAAGAACGAGCAAAUCCUCAAACCUGGAGACAAGGUGGCGUUGGUUUACCCCAACAGUGACCCUGGGAUGUUCUGGGUGGCCUUCUAUGGCUGCCUGCUGGCGGAAGUGAUUCCUGUUCCUAUCGAGGUUCCACUGUCACGCAAGGACGCAGGUAUCAGCCAGGUGGGUUUCCUGUUGGGCAGCUGUGGGGUUGGGCUGGCUCUGACCAGUGAGAUCUGUUUGAAGGGUCUACCCAAGACACCCACAGGGGAAAUUCUGCAAUUCAAAGGCUGGCCUCGACUUAAGUGGGUUGUGACGGAUUCCAAAUACCUGACCAAACCCUCCAAAGACUGGCAGCCUCACAUCCCCACCGCCAACACUGACCCGGCAUAUAUAGAGUACAAGGCGAGAAAAGACGGCACGGUUGUGGGUGUGGCGGUGUCUAAAGUAGCCAUGUUGACCCACUGCCAAGCACUGACCCAGGCCUGCAACUACUGCGAGGGGGAAACUUUAGUGAAUGUGCUGGACUUUAAAAAGGACAUAGGCCUGUGGCACGGUGUUCUCACGGCUGUGAUGAACAGGGUACACACCAUCAGUGUUCCCUAUGCAGUGAUGAAGGCUUGUCCUCUCUCCUGGGUACAGAGGGUCCACAUCCACAAAGCUCGUAUAGGUUUGGUGAAGUGUCGGGAUCUCCACUGGGCCAUGAUGGCUCAUCGGGAUCAGAGAGACACCAGCCUGGCUUCGUUACGGAUGCUCAUUGUGGCUGAUGGUGCUAACCCCUGGUCGGUCUCGUCCUGUGAUGCCUUCCUCAACGUGUUUCAGUCCCACGGCCUGAAGCCUGAGGUCAUCUGUCCCUGUGCCACCUCCCCUGAGGCCAUGACGGUCGCUAUACGCAGACCAGGAGUACCGGGCGCACCCCUCCCUGCCCGGGCCAUUCUUUCCAUGGGUGGCCUGAGCCAUGGUGUCAUCAGGGUCAACACGGAGGACAAGAACUCCGCCCUGACAGUUCAAGAUGUGGGUCACGUCAUGCCUGGAGCUCUGAUGUGCAUCGUGAGACCUGACGGGCCUCCUCAGCUCUGUAGGACAGAUGAGAUAGGAGAGAUAAUCAUCAACUCUCGUGCUGGAGGCACCAUGUACUACGGGCUGCCCGGAGUCACAAAAAACACAUUCGAGGUGAUCCCAGUGAACAGUAACGGAGUUCCCAUCGGAGAGAUUCCAUUUGUGCGGUCCGGACUCCUGGGCUUUGUCGGCCCCGGCAGUCUGGUCUUUGUGGUGGGGAAGAUCGAAGGUCUGCUGAUGGUGAGCGGUCGGAGACACAAUGCCGAUGACCUGGUGGCCACCGCUCUCGCCGUGGAACCAGUCAAGACCGUGUACCGUGGGAGGAUCGCUGUGUUUUCAGUCACAGUGUUCUAUGAUGAGAGGGUCGUGAUUGUGGCGGAGCAGAGGCCUGAUGCCAGUGAGGAGGACAGUUUCCAGUGGAUGAGUCGAGUGCUUCAGGCUAUCGACAGCAUCCACCAGGUGGGCCUCUACUGUCUGGCUCUGGUACCGGCCAACACCUUACCUAAAACACCCCUGGGUGGCAUCCACAUCUCCGACGCCAAGCAAAUCUUCUUGGAUGGCAGCCUGCACCCGUGCAACAUCCUCAUGUGUCCCCACACGUGUGUCACCAACCUGCCCAAGCCGCGCCAGAAGCAGCCAGUUGGUGUAGGUCCUGCAUCUGUCAUGGUGGGCAACCUGGUGGCAGGGAAGAGGAUUGCACAGGCUGCGGGCAGGGACCUCGGCAUGAUUGACGACCAGGAUCUCGUGCGGAAGCAUCAGUAUUUGACGGAGGCUCUUCAGUGGAGAGCACAAACGGACCCAGACCACGUCCUCUAUAUUCUUCUCAAUGCAAAGGGUGUAGCGGUGAGCACAGCGUCCUGCGUCCAGCUUCAUAAGCGAGCUGAGAAGAUCGCUGCAGCGCUCACAGAGAAAGGCAGCAUCAACACCGGAGAGAACGUGGUUCUGCUCUAUCCCCCUGGCAUUGAUUUGAUAGCAGCCUUCUACGGCUGUCUAUAUGCAGGAUGUGUUCCUGUCAACGUCAGACCCCCACACCCUCAGAACCUAGCAGCCACACUGCCAACUGUUCGCAUGAUUAUCGAUGUCAGUAAAGCUGCGUGUAUCCUCACCACUCAAAACCUCAUGAGGACACUCCGCUCUAAGGAGGCUGCAGCCUCUGUAAACAUUAAAACGUGGCCAAUAAUCAUCGACACAGACGACCUCCCGCGCCGACGGCCUCCACAGAUCUACAAGCCUCCCACAGCGGAGAUGAUAGCUUAUCUGGACUUCAGCGUGUCUACCACAGGCAUGCUCACUGGAGUCAAGAUCUCUCAUGCAGCAGUCAGUGCUAUUUGCCGCUCUGUAAAGCUGCAGUGUGAACUCUACUCCUCCCGCCAAAUAGCCAUCUGCCUGGAUCCUUACUGCGGCCUGGGCUUUGUCUUGUGGUGCCUCGCAAGUGUUUACUCAGGUCACCAGUCCAUCCUGAUUCCUCCCUUUGAGUUGGAGAGCUGCUUGCCUCUGUGGCUGAGCACGCUCAGUCAGUACCGCGUUAGAGACACCUUCUGCUCCUACUCUGUCAUGGAGCUCUGCACUAAAGGACUGGGCACUCAGACUGAGUUACUCAAGACUCGUGGCGUGAACCUGUCGUGCGUGCGGAGCUGCGUGGUGAUAGCAGAGGAACGCCCUCGCCUCGGCCUCACACACUCCUUCUCCAAGCUGUUUAAGGACGUGGGGCUAUCACCCCGAGCUGUCAGCACUGCUUUUGGUUCCAGGGUGAACCUGGCCGUCUGCCUGCAGGGCACUACUGGUCCUGAUCCCUGCACAGUGUAUGUGGACAUGAAGUCCCUCCGCCAUGACAGGGUGAGGCUGGUGGAGCGAGGAGCGCCUCAAAGUCUUCCUCUAAUGGAGUCUGGCAAGAUUCUGCCAGGUGUGCGGGUGAUAAUCGUCAAUCCAGAGACCAGAGGCCCCCUUGGUGACUCUCACCUGGGAGAGAUCUGGGUGAAUAGCCCUCACACUGCCAGUGGCUACUACACCAUCUACGGAGAGGAGAGUCUCCAGGCCGACCACUUCAACACUAAACUCAGCUUCGGAGAUCCCCAGACGCUGUGGGCCAGAACCGGAUACCUGGGCUUUGUGAAGAGGACGGAGCUGUUGGGUGCCAGUGGAGAUCGGCACGAUGCUCUCUUUGUGGUCGGGUCGCUGGAUGAGACCUUGGAGCUACGAGGGCUGCGUUACCACCCCAUUGACAUUGAGAACUCAGUGUCCCGGGCGCACCGCAGUAUCGCUGAGAGUGCUGUGUUUACGUGGACCAACCUGCUGGUGGUGGUGUCGGAGCUGUGCGGCUCAGAGCAGGACGCGCUGGACCUGGUGCCUCUGAUCACCAACGUGGUCCUGGAGGAGCACCACCUCAUCGUGGGCGUGGUGGUCAUCGUGGAUCCUGGGGUCAUACCCAUCAACUCCAGGGGAGAGAAGCAACGCAUGCACCUCCGUGACUCUUUCCUCGCUGACCAGCUGGAUCCCAUCUAUGUUGCUUACAACAUGUGAUUGGGUCUGUUCUGCCAUCGCCCCCAGUCCGGAUGCUUCUGCACCUUCACCCAAACAUUUAACUUUCUGAGCUGGCAGGUGACGAGAAGGAAAAGCAUGAACCACACAUCAAACUGCCACCCAGCCCUGUGUGACACCAGCAUAUCUUGGCCACUGCAUGUCUGUGACUGGAUCUGCCAUGUUUGCAGCUGUUCACUGUGUUUUAUAGAUAGAAUUUUGCAAAUAGGAUCGGAGCAACAUGUACUGCAUAUGGCAAAGAGAAAAAAAACGCCCCUGUUGCACAUUUUUGGGGGUAAGGGGGCAAACAACACGUACAACAGGACCACUUUUAAUACAGAUACUAUAUUCAUGUCUUUGUGAAAAUCCAUCCUCUCAUUCUGUACUCACCACAAACUGAUUAAUACACAUUCCCCCUUUGUGUCGACACAAAUUCCAAGAGCUACUAGACUACAAUCUACAAUUUUAAAAUAUUUUUGCAUACAGCUUUUAAACUAAUGCACACAUUGCACGUGCUAAGCCCUUGUCAUUUUUCACUAACACGAAUAUAUAAAAGAGGACAAGCGGAAACCGAACCUUUAAACUAACAGCUAUAGUGUCAGUCUGUGUAAAUGAUUUUAAAUGAUUAUUUUGUCCCGUGACAAUGAAGCCAAAUAGAUUCUCCUGCUAUCAUAUAUUUCCUGCCUUAUAAAACUUCAGUCAAACAUUCCUGUGGCUGUUAAUUCUCCGUUGGUUUUGACCAGUUGUGGAAAUUCUGACAGACGUCCAAAGGGAGCAAAGUAAAAAAUAGGAAAGAGGCCAUAUUCUGCACGGCAUCGAAAGGCCUCGCUGUAUUUUAGAUACUGUAUGUUACUGUAUAGAUAUUUUUAAUUGUAUAAAUGUAUAAAUGCUAAAUUCAUCUCUCUUGGUUGAUGGUUUCUGAUGGAUGGUUGUGCUGUGAGACGAGAACAAGAAGCAGAGGGAAGAUUGUAAAUAAGAUUUGACAGUACUUUUGAAGUGGAAUACUAACUGUAUAAUUGAGAUCAAUAAGUUUAAAGUGUCAUGAGUCAGGUUAGAUAUAACAUUGCACUUUCUCCACAAAAAAAAAGGAUCUAUUUUAUUAUAACAAUGAGGCCACAAAGGUAAUGGUUCAGGGGCAUAUAUUAUUCAGAGGUCAUCUUGCUUGAGGGGCUUGAGGCAGAGAUUUAUCAGGAGGGAAAUCUGCUAACGCCAGGUACCUUUCCUCAGACACAAAAAAAAAACUGGCGUUAGGAGAAGGCUAAAACCAACAUCAUGACUGUUUCUAGGAGACCAGGUUAUUUUGUAAAACAUACAAAUACAGGCCCACAACUUUUCAUCUAAUAUCCAUUACCACCGUAUGAAUCACGCUCUUCUUGGUUUUGUAUUGUAUUAUAAUAGUGUUUGAGAGUUCUGCGUUUUCCUUUCCCUCUCGGCACUGUAAGAGUUCCAUCGAACUGUUUUUGUGUUUGCGCGACUUUGUAAAGAAUUACUUUGAAUUCCAACAGCACUGUUGUUGGUACUGUAAGUCUAUAGUCAAUAGAGGAGAGCAAUCAUGUAUCUGACUUUGUGUUCAGUCACUGGAUUUAAAAAGCACUUGAAAAUGCAGUUGCAGAGCUGAGCCACAUCCGAAACACAAUUGAUUUGCAAUCAAUGAAUAAUAUGAAACAGAAAAGGGUAAAUAAUCGUUUGCAUCAAAAUGUGUUUGGUGUCCUGCAAUUUUCUGAUUACCUUGUACUCUUUGCCUAAGUUAUAGCUUGUUCGUUCAGUGAUAAUCCUUAAUAACCAACAUGUAAAUAGCUUUUCGUUCUUUUUUUGACUUUUAUAAAUGUCCCAUUACAACAUCCGAUCAUGCCAAACGCAAUAAUAGAAAGAUGUUUUAUUAUUUCAAGGUAAACAGGAAUAUGAUCCGUUAAAUUUACAGCACUUUGCACUGUAGUACUUGCAGUAGGUUUCUACUGUGUGGACUUAACAUUUGAGUGAUUAAUUGAACUGCCCCCAUUACAUGUCUGAUUAAAUGUGUUUAUAGUUUUAGAAAUAUUGUGCUUUAUAUUUGUUUUUCUUCCCCCAGUUUUAAGUCGACCCUAGAAAAAAAAAACGACUAACAACACUUCAUCUUAGCUUUAACAUUGCAUCCAGCAGAACGUUUGCAUGACUCAGCCAAGCACAAGAAGAAAUCAGCUUGAGGCACAUCUCAUCCCGAGGCACAAGUGGGGGAGAUAUAUAUACAUACACACAUAUAUAUAUAUAAGUCUACGUGAAACCAUUUAUUCAGGGAAUAAAACUCAUAACACAGGGAUGGACCAGGUGGUCCCUUGGUGCAAUUUGUGAAUACUACCCAUAAAAUGUAGACGUUUGUCCAAAACAAAAAUCUGUGUAAUCAUUGCAAAUCUUUCCAACCUAAUGAGCAAAAAGAGGAGUUACUGUUGCCAGUGUCCAUCCACCAUCUACUUGCUUCAGUGGGAAACUCACCCGCUGGUUUCCACUCUUUUUCUCCGACAGAGCUCUAACACUAUGCAAUCCCAAAGACAGUGCAAUUUAAUUUCCAAGCUUGCAGUUUGGUGAAACAGACAUACUUCUACGUUUUGUAAUAACAAAGAACAGAGGACUACCGAAAUUUAACCAGUAGUGUACUUAAGAUCGUGUUCAUCUCUCUUCAGUUAUUCUGUUGAUAUUUUAUGUCUGCACUGUUGAUAUGUUGUAUAUGGAUUAUUUGGUCAAUUCUAAACGUGCUCCAUUAGGGUGUGAUCCACUGAUGAAUCUUUAACACUACAGGGAGGUGUGUCGACUUGUGUAGUUAACAAAUAAAGACGGUACAUCCCUUCCCGUUUUUCUCACUUAUUUUCUAUUUUGAAUGGUUGUACUAUGUUUUAUACUUUAUGUAAACGUAAUAAUGAAUAAACAAAAACAUUUAAUCAUUUAAA